AAUGUCAAGCCAUCGUGGAACAGUAGAAGGUUUCUUUCUUGCUGGCCAAAAUCUAGUAUGGUGCAAGAUAGGUGCUUCUCUUUUUGCCUCCAGUAUUGGCAUUGUCCGCUUUCUAACCCUGGCUGGUUCAGGAGCAUCGGCAGGAGUUGUUAUAGGUGCCAUUGAAUGGAAUGCUGUAUUUUUUCUCUGUGCUCUUGGUUGGAUAUUUUCUCCUAUUUACAUUAAGGCUGAGGUGGUCACAAUGCCAGAAUUUUUGAGGAAGAGAUUUUGUAGCCGCCGGAUCCAAUUCCUCCUCUCUUUUCUGUAUUUAUUCUUCUAUAUCUUCCACAUGCUCUUGGUGGAGAUCUGCAUUGGUUCCAUGUAUUUGAGGCUCAUUUGGGGGCUGGAUACUUACCUAAUCACCAUAUUUCUGCUGUUAAUUGCUGGAGCUUGUACUAUUACAGGUGGCUUAGUAACUGUGGCUUAUACUGAUACCCUGCAUGCUACCAUGAUAUCUACAGGAUCAGUUUUAGUAAUGACCUUUGCCCUUAGGAAAGUGGGAGGAUUCAGGAACAUAGUGGAUAACUAUUUCACUGCUAAGCCAAACAUAACCAGUGAAGGAAACUGGACUGCCAAGCCAGAAUGCUACACCCCUCGCCAGGAUUCCCUUCAUAUCUUCCGAGACGUGAAAACUGGAGAUAUUCCCUGGCCUGGACUCAUCUUUGGUGUCCCCAUCAUCUCUUUAUUCCACUGGUGCAACAACCAGAUUUUUGUCCAACGGGCCCUGGCAGGAAAGGACAUGAAUCAUGUGAAAGGUGGCUGCGUCUUCUGUGGCUUCCUGAAGCUGCUGACUAUGUUCAGCAUUGUGAUACCAGGAAUGAUCAGUCGCAUAUUGUUCCCAGAUCAAAUAGCAUGUGUUGUACCUUCAGAAUGUGAGAAACACUGUGGAAACAAAUCUAAUUGCAGUUUUCUUGCCUAUCCAUUGCUAAUAUUAGAGCUGCUGCCUCUAGGUUUACGAGGCUUUAUAAUGUCUACACUAUGGGCUGCACUCAUAUCAUCCCUGACUUCUGCUUUCAACUGUUCCAGCACCAUAUUCACAAUGGACAUCUAUACCCAGAUGCGUCCUAUGGCCACUGAAAAGGAACUCAUGGUAACAGGAAGCAUGUAUGCUUAUUUUCCAGUCUUUCACUUUGAGACUCCUUUUUGUCCUGCCUAUUUAUAUGAGACUCUGACAG